UGCUGCUAGGGCUGAGUGGCAGGUGACGUCACGGCAGGGGGCGUGGCUGCGUGUUGCUGAGCAGGGAAGGGAUCGCUGGAUGCACAGAGCUGGGGCUGGGAAGGAGCUGCAGUAUGUAGGGGAGACUGGAGAGACAGACUAAGCCAGAAAGAGACAGAGGAGAGAGAGAGAGAGAGAGAGAGAGACAGCCACACAACUCUUCCUCACCUAGCUGUUCACCCUUAGGGAAGAGGAGCCUACUUGCCAGCUGGUACCCUGUGCCACCACCAUCCCCCCUGCCAGCUUUACCUUGGAUUACAAGUACCAGUGCUGGGAUGGCAUAGGAGAAGAACCCCCACAUUGGCUUUGAUUCUGGAAUGUUACCUCCCAGGUGGGCUUCCGCCUUCCCCCCAACUCCUCACACCUGGAUGUCUAGAGGCCACAUGUGCCCUGGGUUAUUUUUUCGUUAGGGGUCACUAUUGGUGUGAAAGGAUUGGACACCUGGAGAUCUGUGGAAUAAAUCGAAGUGCAUGAGCCUAAAUCGCCCAGCCCACUCCGGAUUAAUUGGAGAGCACAGCACCCUAUUCCUGGAGAUACCCAGCAGGAGAGUCAGGAUGGGUGGCUGGGCUCGGCUGUAUAAAAAGCUGAAUCACGUGCGCGAUGGAGAGAAUUCAUUAUUGGCCGACGUCCACAAGCACAUGAAAAACGAAUGAGAAGACUUCAGGAGCCAGAGAGGGGGCGGUGACCUUCGCGGAGCGUCUUAAAGGUCUCUUGCCAGGAUAUCGGCAGAAAAACCACUCAACUGCUACCUCAGGGGAGAGAGCUACUCUCAAUGGCACCAGCUGCUAGGCUGAACACGUGUUCAAAGAGCUGCGUAACACAGGUUGUACACCUGACCAUGGAAAGGCUGGCCAUUUAUCUGUUGAUUAUAAGCACAUCUGUUAAGGCCAUGAUGAUGUGCCCCAAGAGAUGCUCCUGUCAGAAUGUCAAUCCGUCCUUCACCAUCCUCUGUACCAAGACCGGCCUUCUAUUUGUGCCCCCCACUAUUGACAGGAGGACAGCGGAGCUCAGGCUCAUGGACAAUUUCAUAACCACCCUUCGAAGGAAAGAUUUUGCUAACAUGACGGACCUCAUCCAUCUAACUCUGUCCAGAAAUACCAUCAGUCAAGUCAUGCCUUAUGCAUUCUAUGACUUAAAAGGACUCCACGCCUUGCAUUUGGACAGCAACCGGUUAACAUUUGUUAAUGAAGACCAUUUUAAGGGUUUAAUUAACCUCCGACAUUUGAUCUUGAGCAACAACCAGCUACACUACAUAGCUCCGGGAUCGUUUGACGACUUCAUUGACACGUUGGAAGAUUUAGAUUUGUCCUACAACAAUCUGAUUGAAAUACCAUGGGAGACUAUUGGGAGGCUUUCAAGUGUUAAUACAGUGGGUCUGGAUCACAAUCUCAUUGAAUAUGUUCCUGAGGGAAUCUUCUCCAACCUUCAUAAAUUGGCUAGAUUGGAUAUGACCUCCAACAAACUAAAAAAGAUCCCACCAGACCCAUUAUUUUCUAGGAUCCCUGUUUAUGCCAAAACUAAAGGUUCCCCCUUAACAUCUCUGGUGCUUAGCUUUGGUGGGAAUCCUCUACACUGCAACUGUGAAUUGGUGUGGCUUAGGAGGCUCACCAGGGAGGAUGAUCUAGAAACCUGUGCCUCACCUGUAGAACUGAUGGGCAAAUAUUUCUGGUCUAUAAAGGAAGAGGAAUUUGUGUGCGAACCACCCAUGAUAACUCACCGAACUUCCAAACAAGAGGUAAUGGAAGGUAAAGGAGUCUCCCUAAAGUGCAAAGCGGUGGGUGAUCCUGACCCGUACGUACGAUGGAUCGCUCCAGAUGGGAAGCUAGUCUCUAAUACAACUAGAACUAUAUCAUAUGAGAAUGGAACUUUGGAUAUUUUUGCUACUCGGUUUACGGAACGUGGCAAUUUUACCUGCAUUGCUUCUAAUGCAGCGGGGGAAACUACGGCACAUGUGGAACUUGUAGUACACCAAUUCCCUAAUCUUGCUAACAGCACCAGCUAUGACAAGGAAACGGAGUCAGGCCUUUCUGAUAUACUGACGCCAGCCAAGUCUAGCACACCAUCCAAUGAAACUAAAUCUCUGCAGGAUAGGAAGGUUGUGGUUGUAGAGUUAACCUCAUCCUCGGCUCUCAUCCAAUGGCCUCCCCAGAGUCACAUCCCAGGAAUAAGGAUGUACCAGAUUCAGUACAACAGCUCUUUAGAUGACAUCCUUAUUUACAGAAUGAUCCCAUCAUCUAGCAAAUCAUUCUUCCUAAGUGACCUGGUGUCAUCCCGUCAGUAUGACUUGUGCGUCCUGGCCGUGUACGACGACGGGAUAACCUCUUUAACGGCCACCAGAGUAAUUGGAUGUGUACAGUUUACAACGGAGCAGGAAUAUAAGCAGUGCAGAUCACUCCAUGCUCAGUUUCUUGGUGGGACGAUGAUAAUCAUUAUUGGCGGCAUCAUCGUGGCUUCCGUUCUGGUCUUCAUUUUUAUUCUGCUGAUGAAGUAUAAAGUCUACAAUAACCACCCAAAAACGAAACCUGCUAAGGUCACCAACGUGUGCUCUCAGACCAAUGGCAGCCAGAGUGGCACGAUGGGACGUAUUUCUUCUAAACUGAGUGAGAGGAGAGACAGUAUCAUGCAGGACAUCUCAGGAACGUCCAUCAGAGGCAAAACCAUGGUUGACCUCACCCCGGACGGUGACAAACAGACUGUUUCUGACACUACCUUUAUAACAAAUGACGUCCUGUCUCACUAGCAGAGCUUUAUACCAAUACCACAGACUUACGCACCUCUUUUACAGGACAAUCCACUAAGGACUGGACAUUGUGGUACCAUUGAGAACAUUUUCAUGCAAAGGGUCGGAUUUUCGGCUUCACACCUAUUGUCUAUUUUUAAGAUCAGAUGGUUACAACAAAAAAAGCUAUUUUUUUAAUAUGUAAAAUGGUUCCCGCAUUCCUAACUAUUUUUGGUUCAUUAUUAUUAAAUAGAAAGAGUGUAAUUAAAAAAGAAAAAAUGAAAAACUGAUUUUAAAUAAUUGGUUUUGACACACAAGUGAAGGAAGCAUAAUAAAUGUUUUUGUUCUUUUAUAUUUGCGUCUCCUGCACUAGCCUUUUCUGAAUCUAUUAAAAAAAACAAAAUAAGGUUUAAUCCUUUUAAAUGGUC